AUGUCUCUCCUUGGAAAGAAGUUCCCGGCGCCUGUCGCCAAGCCUAUGGCUCCCUUCUUCGCUGCCGGCGUUGUCGUCCUCUACGGCAUCAACUCUCUCGCCAACACUCUGUCGCAGACCGACGAGUUUAAGAACGACCCCCGCAACCCCAACGCCGGCAAGAAGCACUGA